ACACCUCAGCUCUUGCCAUCAUCACCUACCUCUCAAUUCACCAAGCAAAAACCAUCGUUCAACCUGUCCCUUCAAUACAGCUAGCCUAAUCCCCUUCUUCCGCCAAAAUGUACGCCGCCGCUAUCGUCGUUUCCGCCCUCAUCUCCUCCCUUAGCCUCACAGCCACCGCCUCCCCCCUCACACCCCGCCAAGCCGUACAAGUAGCUUCCGUAGACCGUUACACAGGCGCCGGCUGCACGGGCACAGUAUGCAACAUCGCUGGCUCUGGGGAUCUGUACCCGGGGUGCAACGUUGUGAAUGGAUGUCAGGCGAGUUUGAAACUAAACUAUGCGAAUUUGGGAUGUAAAGUCACCAUCUUCACAGACGCUGCUUGCAGCACGAGUAAGGGACAUUCUGCUACUCUAACGGCGGCUGGGCAGUGCGUUGCGCUUGGGGGUCCGAUUAAGAGUAUCUCUGUUACUGGGUGCUGAGGUGGUUUUCUGGAAGCGGGGACGGGAGGAUGCGGAUAAUAUAAGUGAUGAUCUUGCAUGUAUAUAUUUCGGGGAAAAGAGGCGUUAGUUAGGUCUUGUAUGACUGCUAUCCAAUAUUGCGGUGUGUAGGAGUGUUUACCAGGGAACUUAGUGGCGUAUUUCC